AUGAAUGAGGCUACUUCAACCGGUGAUAAUAACCAGAACUUGAGCGUGAUCGACAUUUCAAUGGAUAGUUCUACUAGCGCGGAAUCUCCAAACUAUGCAGAAUUGAUAGAAAGAUUGAAGCGUCAAUUGCGUAUUUUGGAGAGCGAAAAUCUGGAAUUUCGAAGAUCAAUCCCUCAUCUGAAGGACUACAAAGGAGAAGACUGCACUAAAUUUGUCACUGGAAAAUUAAACGAGCUGGAGGAACAUAAAGGAAAAUAUAGAAGAGCAGUUGACGCAAUGGCGGAGCUUAACAAACAAUUUCAACAUUUCAAAGUUGAUGCGAAUGAGAGAGCUCAGAAGAGUGAAAAACAGCUUUAUGAGUUGAGGAAAAUUGCUGAUGCUCUUGAAAAUGAGAAUACCAUGUUGCGAGAUCAACUCGAAAACAUGGAUUCUAUCGUCAUUCUUCAACUUCAAAAGAAUGCUUUUUCAUCUGCCGAAAAUUUAAAUCGUUCAGCGGAAGAAGGACCAAGUCAUACUAAUAAUAUUAAGAAGGUUUUCUUUUCUCUUUUUUUUAGCAGCGCGUUGUAAUGCCAAACGCCUGACCAUACAAACAUAAUAUGUAUCUUCAUACCACUUGGAAGGGUGUCUGACUUUGCUAUUUAAAUAAUGCCCUGUUAUCAUGAAAUAUUGCCUUUUACAAUAGGCAUUAUUUAAUGCGCAGGGCUAUAACAAAAAUGCAAGACUAGUAAAGACAUAAUUUUAAUUUUAUAAAAAUUAUGCCAGAAAUGUCUUGACAUUUCAAAAAUAAUUUCCAUCAUAACAUUGUCAACAUAUUGUUGAUCGUCGUUGAUUUGAAGAUUUUGAGGCGUUUGGCAAGGGCGUAGCCAAGGGGGGGGG